ACACCGAAACCCUUUUCUCCUCCAUUUUCAUACGAUGAUCUUCAUAUGGCGAUCAUCGACACAAACUCCAGCCGUUGGAUCCCUCACAACCUUCUCUUCCUUCUCCUCUUGCUAUUGCUCCAGUCAGUACCGUAUGGAUCCGGUCAGACCACACCGCCCGGAACUACACAAUCGAAAGCCAACGAUCCAAUUGUUGUAGUGAUCACGGUUAUGUUUUUGGUGAUCUUCUUCAUGGUCUUCGGUUCCAUCUUCUGUCGUCGAAGCAACGCGCGGUUUUACUCACGUUCUUCCGUUUUCCGAUCCACCGACGCGGACGCGGAGUCCCGCGUGGUGAGGAUCAGGAGGUCGACGGCGCGUGGGCUCGAAGCUGAGGCUAUAGAAUCUUUUCCGACGUUUCUUUUCUCGGAGGUGAAGGCGGUGAGGAUCGGAAAAGGUGGUGUGGAGUGUGCGGUUUGUCUCUGUGAAUUCGAAGACGACGAAACGCUGCGUUUGAUGCCUCCUUGUUGCCACGUGUUUCACGUCGACUGCGUUGACGUCUGGCUCUCAGAACACUCCACGUGUCCUCUCUGUAGAGCGGAUCUUCUUCUCAACCAACAGGGUGACGACGACAGUACUGAAAGCUACUCGGGUACGGAUCCGGGUACGAUUUCGUCGGGUACGGAUCCUGAAAGAGGAAUGGUUUUGGAAUCUUCGGACGCGCAUUUGCUGGAUGGUGUGACGUGGACCAACAGUAACAUAACGCCUCGGUCAAAGUCAACGGGUUUAUCCAGCUGGCGUAUAACCGGAAUUUUGUUCCCGAGAUCGCACUCGACCGGGCAUUCGCUGGUUCAACCGGCUGGGAAUCUAGACCGGUUUACGUUGACGUUACCGGAUGAUGUAAGACGGCAAUUGAUGAAGACAUCGAGAACGAUGGGACACGUGGCGUUAUUACCUCAGGCGAGGAGUUCACGGAGCGGUUACAGAAGCGGUAGCGUCGGGAGCGAGAGAAGCGUUUUUACGUACGGACGGAAGAGUAAUAGUAACAAUCGACGGCUGCAUUCGCUGUCUUUUUCAUUCUCUUUUCGCAGUGGUUCCGUGCGGUCUACUUUCUCCGGUGAUGCGCCGAAGAAUCUUCCGACAUCGAUUGAAGCUGGUGAACGAUCUUUCGAACGGCUCCGACCAGAUGAUCGAGUGUAAAUAAUUUUUUUUACAAUUUGUUAUUGGGAUUAAACGUUGUUAUGCCUCUUAUUUGCUUUUUGACUUUUGGAGCAUGAUCAACAAAAAUGACAAUUAUUU